AUGACCGAUCUAGGUCUGAUGCAUUACUUCCUUGGUAUGGAGAUUCAGCAAGGGCAGACCGAAGUGUUUCUCUACCAGAAGAAGUACAUGAGAGAGAUAUUGAAGAUGUUUAAUAUGGAGGAGUGUAAGAGUGUGAACACUCUGAUGAUUCAGAAGGAGAAGUUGCAAAAGGAUGAUGGAAAGAAACCUGUAGAUGAGAAUGUGUACAAAAGUCUAGUUGGAUGUCUCAUGUAUCUCACAUCUACUAGACCUGACAUCAUGUACACUGUAGGUGUCUUAUGUAGAUUUCUUCAUUGUGCAAGCAAGAAUCAUAUGGUUGCUAGAAUGAUAGUUUUGAGAUAUCUUAAAGGCACACUGUCUUUUGGGAUCAAAUUCAGUAAAGAAAAUUUUGAGUUGCAGGGUUACUCAGAUAGUGAUUGGGCUGGGUCAUUAGAUGAUAUGAAGAGCAUUUCUAGCUAUUGUUUCACUUUUGGCUCAGGGUGUUUCUCAUGGUGUUAA